UGAAUGGCCUGCCCGUGAGCGCGCCGCGGCUUGCACAGCCACGCGCCCUUGGCAAUAGCGGGGCCUGCCUUUUCAACAGAUCGUCAGUGAUGAAGCCCCCAGCAAGAUUAUGCACGUCUUGUCCUGAACAUCUUCCUCUUUCACUCCAACCAUCCUGCGCACUCUCUCCUACUCCUCAUCCUUCAUCCUGACCCUACGUUCGACCCUCCAACCAUCCACGACCCUUCAACCCCCGCAUUCACGCGGAUAAGACAAGCCGGGAAGCGGUGGUACGCCCAAGAUGGGCAAGAGUCAGAGCAAGCUGUCGCAGCAAGAACUCAUCGAUCUGCAGCGUGCCACACACUUUGACAAGAAGGAGCUACAGCAAUGGUAUAAGGGCUUCCUCAAAGACUGCCCCAGCGGCAUGCUCACCAAAGCCGAAUUCCAAAAAAUCUACAAGCAAUUCUUCCCCUUCGGCGACCCCUCCAGCUUCGCCGACUACGUCUUCAACGUCUUCGACGCCGACAAGUCGGGCAGCAUCGACUUCAAGGAAUUCAUCUGCGCCCUGUCCGUCACCUCGCGCGGCAAGAUGGAGGACAAGCUGGACUGGGCCUUCCAGCUCUACGACAUUGAUGGCGACGGCAAGAUUUCCUACGACGAGAUGCUGGCGAUUGUCGAGGCGAUUUACAAAAUGGUCGGCAGCAUGGUCAAGUUGCCCGAGGACGAGGACACGCCGGAGAAGCGGGUGAAGAAGAUUUUCCGCAUGAUGGACAAGGAUGAGAAUGGGAGUUUGGACAUGGCGGAGUUCAAGGAGGGCAGCAAGCGCGACGAAACCAUCGUCUCGGCGCUAUCGCUCUACGACGGCUUGGUGUAGCGACUGUCUGUCUUUCCCCCGGCUCGGUUGUACGCAUACCCACACGGCGUUUUGGUGAGGUUAGGUAUGAGACCAGAAUUGGAACUGCGG